AUGGAUGCGAUCUGGAAGAGCACAACGGGGCGGUCUGAUACCAGCCCAUCGCAAAGCACUCAGAGCCUGUUAAAUGACAAGCUUGUUGAGAAGAUUAUAUAUAUGGCAUUGCCUGCCUCUAAUGAUCUGGCUACUGAUACUAUAGAGAAUAGGGUACAGGCAGGUGCAGGAAGACCUGGCUUGUCUGUGCCGAUAAUGAGUAGGAACUUCGUGCAGAUGAAUUCGAGGCUUGGCGCCCCAUUCAUGAUCAUUGAUGAGAUAAUAAGGAUCUUCAAUUGGACUAAUGCAGCUUAUACUUUAUGCAUAAUGUCAUUCUAUUCGUUUCUAGUGUUGAAACCAUUACCAGUGCUUGUAUCGGGUCCUUUCGUGUACAUUCUAUUUGGCAUCAUGUCACCAACGUAUAUGGAUAUACAUAAGCCUGAUCCUCACAUGAACUUAGAUCAUAACCCAAUUCCUGCUCGCGGGCCUCCGUUGAAAAAUCCACAAUUGCCAGGUCCUGUUCCAGAGUUUAGCAAGGAGUUCAUAUUAAACUUAACUGACUUGCAGAACCAUAUGACGUUAUAUGUGAUGGCAUACGAUUUCGUAUCGAAUUUUUUGGCUAAGUUUGCAUACUUUAAGAACGAGAAUGUCAGUUCGGCCGUAUUUCUAGGACUACUGCUAUUCUCUUGUAUCAAUUCGCUAGCUAUUGAUAGUAUUUCCUCGCUAAUACCUUGGAAAUUCAUCUUUUUAUGUGCCGGAUGGACUUUUGUAAUAUCGUUACAUCCAAAGAUAAGGGACACCAUGUUUAAUUUGAUGUAUUCAGAGGAGACACGGUUAAGGAUACUUACCAAGAUGAACCACAUAGAGCGUAUUAUAAACGAUAAAUUUGAUUCUUAUGAACCCAGAGAAAGAAGAGAAGCUUCGAUAUUCGAGCUUCAGAGGUUCAAUGCGGAGGAAAAAAGUUGGGAAUUGGUUGGUUAUUCUACAGAUGAAUACGCAUUGUUUUCUGAGAGUAGGAUGAAAGAGCUAUCGACCAGUCAAAUACCUAACGUUCAGACAUUGGCAGAAGUAAAGCCUCCUGCAGAAUGGGAUUGGCUACUUAAUGUAGAUUGGACUUUAGACCUUCAUCCUACGGAAUGGGUAUCUGCAGGUUUCAUACAGUACGUUGAUGUUGACAAUGAAACAAAAUGGGUAUAUGAUGUGGAGCUGAAUGGUGAAAGGGGCCAAUACAGGAGACGAAGAUGGGUGAAAGCUUGCAUCAGACAGAAACAUUUUACAGCUGCAGUGAAGAAUGGUGGAAACAGCACCACAAAAAGUAAUGAAGUUAACGAAACCGAUGAUGAAAUGGAAUCAGUAGAUCGAAAUUUAUACAAUGGCUAUGCUUCGAUUACACAAACAUCAUUCUCUGGUGCCGAUAAAAACGCUACAAAGACUAAUGAUGCAAAUAAUGAUAACGGCAUAGUUAAGUCCCCUUCGACUGCAUCCAUAUCCAGCUUUAUCAGUCAGGGAAGCACAAACUCCGUAGCUCAACAAACAAAUUCUGCUGAAAAAUCGAAAGCUGUGAGGAGCUUAACUGAUCUCCUUAGUUUGACAGGCUGA